GCACUCGUGCGAUAGAACCCGAAAGAAACCGAACAAACAUGACAGAAGAAAACGAUGAUAUAUUUCAUACAAUCACAAUGUCUGAAGAGAUUAGCCAGGCCGAGGGGUAUAAGGAGGGUGUGGAGGUCGGUUCCCGGCAGGGAGAACUAGAGGGGAACCGACUGGGCUGGGAGAAAGGGGCUGCCAUUGGGUCAGAGGUUGGAUUUUAUGCUGGGUUUGCUCAGUCACUGUUGGAAGAAAUGAAGAAAGGAGAGGAUUCUAAACCAAGGGUUAUAUCAGCUCUAGAGAAGAUGUUGACAGUAUCCCAGGAGUUUCCCCUCACUGACCCUCAGAAUCCCGACCUUCAGGUUCAACUUGAAGCUGUACGAACCAAAUUCAAGCAGGAAGGUUUGACAGAAUGGGAGGUCUUAGGCAUAGGAUUCACCACAAGAUUAUUGUACCAAAGUUGGUGUCCUGCAAGUACCAAGCACAGCUAUAAACAGCUGUUAAUCUAACAAUGGGAAAACAGCCCCCUCUGUUCCAGAAGUCUGAGUUUACCGGUGUUUGCACCUUGUGGAACAAUCAAACAUUACUGUAUAAGACAUUAAUAUUUCCCAUCACAGAAAAACACAGGCAAGGAAUACCAAGAUUACAAGUGAUGACAGGAAACUACUUUGUUCACAGGGAGAAGGAUCAUAACUGUAAAAAACAUUGUGUUUGUCUUUAGUGUUCUUCAUGUACAAAGAAUGUUUUUCAACACAUCAUUUUAUCUUAGAGAAAUAAACCACACCUACACUUUUAAA